AGGCAUAGACUUGAAAGUUUGCAAGAAAAAACUGAAAAAGACCAAACGUGGGAACCUGUGAAUCUGGGCGAAAUCAUGACCCCAAGAGAACAUUUCCGCAAGAUGUCGGUGCUGAAUGAACAGGGCGCAUUGGAUGACAAGCAGCACCACCACCUCUACCAACUAGCUAAUGGACUCGGGGCAGGUGGACCUCAAGAUAUUCGGCACCGUCAGGAGAUGCUGAUGAGGAAUCAAAUGAUGGUCAUGAACCCUCACUCUCAGAUAAUAGGGUCUGGACAGCAGAGAUUGCAGGCACUUCCUUCACACUUUGAACCACGUUUUUUAGAGAGGGAGCUCCUACCCUCCUCCGAAAUGCUUCCUUCAGCUGAUGCACGGCAGAUGCACCUGAGCUCCCAACUAGGACCGCCAGUCCAGACGCACACAAACACCUUACCUAAUUGUGCCUACCCAGGAGCAGGGUAUAGCUUUUUGCAGCCUAAUGCUAUGGAUUCUCUCACCAGACGCCAAGAACUGAUCCACAAGCAAAAUCUAGCAAGGUUGGAAAUGAAUGCUCUUCUCCAACAAAAAGAACUGGAGAACGCUCAUCGGAAAGGGCUGUUGGGAAUGGAGGCACCCCUAAUUUAUUCUGGCAUUUCAGCAAACCCCAUUACAUUCCACAACAGACACAGACUACCAGAGGGUCACCUUGCCAGCGAAGCAUUCCUCCAUCGAAACACACUGGAUGAUAUAAACGCUGGCAAUAGCUUGCUAAUCACAUCCAAUCCAUACCCGCCAAUCAGCACCUUGCACAGGGACAGGAGUCGGCGAGGUGGGAGGAGGGCGGCCAGCCAGAAGAGUGUGGACAGCAACCUGAAUAAUCCCAAAGGACAAUUGGAAAGUAAGUCAACGGAACUGCCCACCGAGCCGAUGGAGAAGGAGGCUGGGGAUGAGUACGAUUCAAAGAUGGACACCUCGGCCAAACCAAACCAAACCAAAAUGGGCACCAGUUCGUCGCUGCCUCCAGUCCCAAAUAAGAACCACAAAGAGCAAGAGCUGAGGAAGCACAAGGGUAGCAAUGAAGGCUGUCUGGAAGCAGCCAACUGCAACCCUGCAUGUGGUACAACUGAGAAGGAUUUGCCCAAUAACUGUGCCGCUUUUGAUGACAAGUUUAUGUUCCCUUCUACAAUGCCUCUGCCCACGUUGCCUUAUGGCUUUCAGCUAUCAACAAAUCAAUUUAUGCCAUUAGGAUCUCACGGAAUGUUCGUACCAGGAGAGGAAAUAUCCAUUGAGGACAUCCGAAAGUGGAGUAUAGAGGAUGUUUAUAAUUUCAUCAAUAUCCUCCCAGGCUGCUCCGAGUAUGCUCAGACCUUCAAAGAUCACGCCAUUGAUGGAGAGACCCUUCCUCUACUGACAGAAGAGCAUCUUCUGGACAUCAUGGGGCUGAAGUUAGGACCUGCACUAAAAAUCCGCUCUCAGGUGUCUCGACGCAUAGGCAAUGCACUAUAUGUGAUGAACCUGCCUAUCUCUGUGCCUCUGCAGAAUGCAGUGAGUAAACCCAUAGAUCAGUCAUCGGAUCCAAUGUCCCCUUUGAAUUCCAGCGGUGGCAUUGAUCUGCCUGCGAGCCCCUGCACACAAGACCAGGAAGACCUAAAAUUGGCGGAAACGAGCACAGCGGGAAAACAGAGCAUCCCUCUGAGGCCAACUUACUGCCUAAAAUGGGGCACACUAGAUAAUACCAGAGUAGUUGGUGACUACAGAAAUGCUGGCAAUACUUGGGAUCACUACCAAAACCUAGAUCAAAGUACGAGAACAGGUGGUGGAACUUGA